UAAUCGGCGGCAGAAUGAAUUCACUUCUGAGAAAAGCUACCGGAGAUGCUUUCCGCCGGAUCGCCGCCUUAGCUGCUGGCGCCGGCAGCGGGACGGCUCUCCUUUACGCGGAUGCGAAGUCCGAUUACAGUGCGAGGGUAUCACUUUCGAUACCCGAGGAAUGGUGGCAAUCGCAAUCUGUUCUGUGCCCGGUUUCUUCUUCCGUUUCAGCAGAGUACGGGGAAUUUGGAAAUCUUCUAUUGUUUUCUUCUAGAAUUGGUCCGGUGCCUUCGGCUGGCGCUGAUAAUGGAGGUAGUGGAGAUGUUGGAGAUAAACACAAACCAAAUUGCGGAUGCUUGGGGAGGGAUACUAUUGCCAAUGCAGCUGCUAGGGUUGCUCCAGCUGUUGUCAAUCUUUCUGUUCCACAUGGGUUAUAUGGGUAUCCUGCUGGAAAGAGUAUUGGGUCUGGAACUAUUAUCGACGCUAAUGGUACAAUCUUAACGUGUGCUCAUGUGGUGGUUGAUUAUCGGGGCAUGAGACCUUUGUCUAAGGGAAAGGUUGAUGUGACUUUGCAAGAUGGCAGAACAUUCGAAGGCACAGUUCUGAAUGCAGAUUUACAUUCUGAUAUUGCCAUUGUGAAGAUAGAUUCCAAAACUCCAUUACCAGUAGCAAAACUUGGUUCUUCAUGUAAGCUUCGACCUGGGGAAUGGGUGUUGGCUACGGGCUGCCCGCUCUCUUUACAAAAUACUGUUACAGUUGGUAUUAUAAGUUGUGUUGAUCGUAAAAGCAGUGACCUGGGUCUUGGAGGAGUUCGACGUGAGUAUCUACAGACAGACUGUGCAAUCAAUGCGGGAAAUUCUGGUGGACCGCUUGUUAACAUUGAUGGAGAAGUCGUCGGAGUCAAUAUCAUGAAAGUAUUGGCUGCAGAUGGACUGAGUUUUGCCGUUCCAAUUGAUUCGGUUGCAAAAAUUAUAGAGCAUUUAAGAAAGAGUGGAAGAGUCGUCCGGCCUUGGAUUGGUUUGAAAAUGAUUGAACUCAAUGACAUGAUCAUCGCUCAACUGAAAGAAAGGGAUGAGAUGUUCCCUGAUGUGGACAGUGGCAUUUUUGUACCUAUGGUUACGCCGGGAUCCCCUGCACACCGUGCCGGAUUUCAACCUGGCGAUGUUCUGAUCCAAUUCGACGGAAGACCCGUUGGGAGUGUCAAGGAGGUGAUCGACAUCAUGGAUGAUAGAGUCGGCGUACCCUUAAAAGCUAUAGUAAAGAGGUUGAAAGACAUGACCGUAACCUUGACUGUCAUCCCAGAAGAAGCAAAUCCACAGAUCUGAAUGCUAAGUUUGGCACCAUCUCUUUGUAACCAAUUGGGAAUUGAGUUUGUCGAGGAUUACCAAUUGGUAUGACGAUGGUGCAAGGGAUGUCGGGUACUCCAAUAACCAUUCACACACGGCAUUGCAUAGAUUACGUCGGAUAGUAUGGCUCAAGGGCUGCUAGAUAGGAUGAGUUUAGAACAGAGAGGCCUGACAGCUUGUUUGAAUUGAUGAAUUGUUUUUCUGAGUGUUUGUAAUAAUGGAUUGUGCAUUGCAUUGUUUUUCGAAUAGUGAAUACAUAAAUUUGAAGAAUGCAGCGUGGAUGAAUGCUUCUGGUUAUGGAUUCUGAUUUCUGAGACGAAGUUUUGACUUAAGAGAUCGAACUUUCACUAAAUGAAAGCGAUACAAUGAU